UUAUUUUCCAUUUCGGAAAGCAAAUCCAAACGGGGCCUAAAAAGUACCUUCUUUUUCUAGCAUUCAAAAGGCCCCCCUCUGCGUGAGCUUAUUUGGACACUUUAUGGUUUCUUUCGGGCUUUGAGUCAUAAAGCUUCUUUCCUCUUUUCCCUUCUUUCAUUUUUGAAUUCUAAGGAUGCUUAUGGAGAGGGGUUUUGUCGGUUUUAUGAGUAUUAAUUAAGCUUUCUGGGUGUACGUUCUUCACAAAAAUGAACGGCGGAGCAACGUCGGAGACCAAGGAUCCGGCCAUGAAGCUAUUCGGCAUGACGAUUCCACUCCGGGAAUCUCGCGGCUCCGAUGUGGGUUGCCUGCCGCCGGCGAAAUCCCGACUUGUGGAUGCGUGUAAUGAAGCAAAAACCACAGAAGCCGAGGAUGUUAAUUUGAAACAGUCUGAAAGGAACAACAAGAAUUCCGUUACAAUGAAUGGCGAGGAGGAGAAGCGAGCAACUGGUGGUAGGGAUAGAAAUCGGGUAAUUCUUAUGCCAAAGGAUGACCCAACUGAGAUAAGUAGUGUAGACCAAGACAAGGUUUUCAAGAAGCCCGACAAGAUCCUUCCGUGUCCCCGGUGUAACAGUUUAGACACUAAGUUCUGCUACUUCAAUAACUACAAUGUCAACCAACCUAGGCACUUCUGUAAGAAAUGCCAAAGAUAUUGGACGGCUGGUGGAACGAUGAGAAAUGUUCCUGUGGGUGCUGGAAGGCGAAAGAACAAGCAAUUAGCCUCUCAAUACCGUCAGAUACUAGUCUCCCCUGAAUCAUCAUCCAGGAUUGAUAUUUCUGACUCUGCCAAUCAACAACUUUUCUCCUCCGAUGAAUCUCCAUGCAAUUUGAGGCCUUUGACAAGCAAUAGAACAGUGAUAAAAUUUGGUGCUGAAGGACCUUUACAUGAAUCCAUGGCAACUGUGCUUGAUAUCAGAGAUCAGAAAGGUUGUGCUAAUGACUCGGGUUCUUCCAGAGAAAAUAGAGAGGAGCAUUCCUCACGUGUUUCAUUGAUUACAUCUUUGAGUAUGCAGCAGGAUCACACAUCUGACAAAGUCAAAAACCAUGGAACUUCACCGGGGUCCUGUAAUGAGCAUAUGCAGCCGAAUCCUUUGCAGUUUCACCCUGUUCCUACUUGGGUUUUACCUUGUAAUCAAGUUGGGAGCAAAGGAGGAUCCAUGUUUCCAGCUCGAUGCUCUUCUGAACUGGUUUCUGUGACAGAUGGUAGCAAUGCCAAUCCAAUUCAAUGGUGCUCCACACCAAUGAUGGCAGUUCCCGGCUUUUGCACGCCAACCACUCCUUUGCAGUUCGUACCAACACCAUAUUGGGGUUGCCUGCCUGUUUGGACUGCAGGAAACAGAGGUACACCAUUGGUGGGAUCUGAUGGCUCUUUUUCUCGGUCAUUGUCUCCUAACAACAGUUGCUUGUGCAGCAACUCACCAGCAUUAGGCAAGCAUGCAAGAGAUGCGAACUUGACGAAUGAGAUGUCCGAGAAUGGUGUUUUGGUUCCCAAGACGCCGAGAAUCGACAACCUGAAUGGUGCUUCAAGGAGUUCCGUGUGGUCCACAUUGGGUUUGAAGUCCAACCAGAAAGAAAUUGAAGCCGGUUUUCCUAGUUCCAGGCCUCUCAAAUCCGUUGAAGAAUGCAAGGGCCACCCAUCAGAUGCCAACCCUACAGCUCUUUCUUGCCCGUCAUUAUUCCAAGGAAGAUAAAGCGAAAUUCAAGGAGGUGAUGCUCGAACUUCUACAUUCUUUUCACCCAUCAGAAUGCUAAUUAUCUGGAUGGAGAAUGCAAUUUUGGCCUGUUACUUCAUGUUUUUGGGAAUUCAUGUUCUACUCUCUGGUUUUGAUGUCUGGGAAACUCAAAAAACCAUUGCAGAGCAAUCUACAGACUUGUUCUGACAUUUGUUCGACUUGUCAAUAAAUGCUGUAAAUGGAGAUUAUAGUGAGUUUUUGUGUUGCUUACUGUAAAUGGAUGCGACGGCGAGUUUUCAGUCGAUUAGAGUUUGUGAAUUAAUGCAUCUUUGGUUUUGUUUAAGGAAAGCGCAGAAAGUAUCUAAUUUUGGAAUUGCCUAAAUUUUAGUUUACAUGUUCAGAUUCUCUUGUUAUCAAUUCUUGUUUGCUAUGUCUCACCAUCUGCAUUUCAUUCUGUAAUUACCAGAAGAUCCCAAGCUCUGAAUUACCAGAAUGUGUUGAACAUGCAGAUUUCUUUGGUCUUGUUUGGUUGG